GGCCUGCCGCGGACGUCGCUCUCUGGGCCGCGUUGUGGUCCCGCGCAUGCGCAGAGACCCUUCUCUCUUUGCCCUUCCUCCUCGAGCACCGGUUUUGUGACCCCCUGCUGUCCCCGAACAUGUAUGCCUGUGCAAAAUUCGUCUCUGCUCCUGCCCUAGUGAGGAACAGCUCGAGGCUGCUGUGCAGACCAGUCUCUGCCUCCCUGCUGAGCAGGCCUGAGGCCAGGACAGAUGAGCUCGGCUCCACCCCAGCACCCCAGAAUGCCCUCUUCCAAGCUGUGCGCCGGGAGGUCCACACCAGCUCCAUCUCCCGGGACAUUGACACCGCGGCGAAGUUCAUCGGUGCUGGUGCUGCCACCGUUGGGGUAGCCGGCUCUGGUGCUGGCAUUGGAACCGUAUUCGGCAGCCUCAUUAUUGGCUAUGCCAGAAACCCUUCCCUGAAACAGCAGCUGUUCUCCUACGCCAUCCUGGGCUUUGCACUCUCCGAGGCCAUGGGGCUCUUCUGCCUGAUGGUGGCUUUCCUCAUCCUCUUCGCCAUGUGAUGGAGCCAGCUUCCUGCUGAGUGUGCCUCCUGUGUCUAGUCUAUCGUGAGCGGUUGUGAAUGUCCUAAUGCAGGUGGGGGUAUCCCUGCCUCCUAACCAAAUCUGUCUGGCCUGGCCCUGACUGAGGGAAGGUGAAUAAAUACUGUAUUGAUAUACAGAA